GUGUUCCCGCCGCCUCGGGAGCGGACGGUAGUGCUUGUCGCAGUAACGCUGAACCGCCUUACAGCCACCCUACCCCGCAGCGGACCGCCCCAACCACGCCCCAGUAUUCCUCUACCGGGAGUUGUAACUACCGGGGCCGCCAACCCCAGGGGCCUGAUAGUCCCAACACCCAGGGGGAAGGAGUACUAUGUGAUAAAGAACCGAGAGUACAACGUGUGAUAAAAGUGGGUGGAGGAGAAAUACAAGUGGAAGUGUUGAUGAAAAGAGAGUGGAGGGAGUGUGGUAGUGGAGGUGUGACCCUCGAGAAGCAGCAGCCUAAGAAGAAGAAGAAAUUUAUCAUAAUCCUCAAAGGUCUGCUUAACAAAUCCAAGCGAAGUGAGAGAAAGAAAGGCGUGGAUAGUGAAAGUGAGAGGAUAAACGGUGUGAACGCGGAUGGCAAUAAGGUAAUAAAUAAGAAUAAUAAAAGUGUUAAACAAGUUGACAUUAAACGUGGUGAAGGAAAAUUGAGAAAAAGUUUUAAUAACAGUGAAGAUAAAAGGUGUGGUGUUAAUGGUAGCACAAGACGGCUGGUGCUGGGUUUAGCUGAAGGCCAGGGUGUGAGGGAUCAAGGAACACACCUCGGCAGUAGUGAAGAAACCCCACCUGGUGUUGGUCUUAGUCAGGAGAGGAACACCGAGCGAGGAGAGGACUUAGAGGAGGUACUAGACCCAAGUAAGAAAGGAGAACCUGACGGAGAUAGUGAUAAUUCAGGUGGAGGCAAAGUCUUCGAUAACUCCGGCAGCAGCAGCAGCAGGAGGUGGUGGUGUGCAGAGAGCAGCGGGGGGAGAGAGGCUCCACCCUGCCUGGGGAUCCAAGAGCAGCUGACUCUCCUGUACCACGCCGCCCUAACGCGCAACACCUACAUAGAAAACGGGAGACAACACACCACAUGUCAAGGAGUUGUUGACGAACACCCAGUUGACGUCACCCUCCACCACAACACCUGCAGUGAGGACCACGCCCACGCGCACCUUGAUCCUCCCUCCCACGGGGACUCGGGUGAUCGCGUGUCUCUCCCUCACCUCACUGACGGUGACACUGAACAAGUCGACAAUAAUAUACAGGUUAUAUUAGAUGACCAUAGUGAGGUUCCCACUGGUGUAUCUGUUGACCCGAGUGUUAGUUUACUUCACGUCCUAGAACCCGAGGCCCGUGUCACCCCUCACCAGACUUCAGCAGAGUGUGAGGACUUUGGGGGCAAUAACGUAGAGUUUGAGGACAAUAAGGUAGAGUUUGAGGGUGUGAGUGACACAACCCCCUCACCGCCCUCUCACACACCCACUUCCCCCGUAUGUGAGGACACCAGCGAGCGCCAGGGUGAAGACAAUGCUAUAAGCUCGUCGUGUUUACCCCAGAACGCCUCUGACAAUGAAUACAGCAUUGACUCUGAGGAGGAGGAGGAGUGUGUCGUGAACAAUACAGUUAACGGAGGCGAGUUAGGUGGUGGUGUUGUGUUCAUACAGCCCGCCGCUCACCUUCAUCACCCCGCUACUGAAGGCGACACUGAAGCAGCACCGGACACAGGGGAAACAGAUUCACUUGAUGACUCGUCCCAUAGUGAUUCAGACAGCAGUAGUGACUCAGAUAGCAGUAGUAGUGACAGCAGUGUGGACUAUGAUCUUCCUCCCGUUGAUGACAGUGUUUACGACCUGCAAUUUGAUCCUUAUUUUUACCAAGGUAGUAUUUCCCUGGACGACAUCCCGGACGACCAGCCAAUAGACUACCCGUGUCCCUAUGACGUUGAUGGUGGUUACCUCCCCGCCCACGACCGUCAGUUUAACCCUAACUUCUCCUAUAUAGACAACUGGAGGUACAAUCCCGUCACUGACCCGGGGGACCUCUACAGGAGCCAGAGUCAACCUGAAGACGUCAGCCACCGCCGGUACGAAGACGAGCCCCUCGACGGUAACGCCCCCCUCCAUGUGUUCCUGAGCCAGCCCAUCCCCAGGCAGGUCUCGGCGAGCUUCCCUCUACAGAACACCCUCCUCAAGCCGAGGAAGCGUGGAGAGUUCAGCUCACUGUGCAGCUUCGGCGGGUCACAGCUGUACACCAUCACGGAGGAAGCCGAGGGAGACGACCUCAACGACGACUUCUGCACCAGGAGGAAUCACUCAGAGUCCAACCUGUACUUCGGGGAUCCUGAAGGCUUCUACAGCGACCCAUACUACUACAACUCCGACCUGUACUACGGCGACACUGACUCAGACAGCGACUCUACCAUCCACAGUGAGUUGUCUGACUUCCGACUGUCAACAGAGACUCUGGAACAAGACUCGGAGGGGUUUGAUGGCGUAGACCAACACGAGACUGAAACACAUCAAGCGGAGUCAGGUUCUGGUGACAGUGUUGGCGAGGAACCUUGUGUAGACGCUGCUGUGGACCUGGACGAUCAUAGUCGACAGGACGGCGACACAGACCAAGAGAGUCCAGACUACGUUUCUGAAACCUGUAGUGAAGAGGAGUCCGUCUCAUCUGCCCCAGAGGCCGAGGACUCACCUAGUCAGGACUCAGAGGGUUCAUGUCACGGUGAAUACCCAGAUGAGUUUUUCCUCUUCUGUUCUGAGGCAGAGAUAACAGACAUGGAAGUGAUGGAGAACGUGGACAUGCUGCCUUACAACGGCAGUAAGGAGGACUUCACCUACUUCAAGGUGGAGGACAAGGCGUCGGGCAGGAGUAGCCCCCUAGAUCAAGAAUUUCUCCUGGAGAGUUACGGCUGUAGAGUCAACAGCAACGCCACCUAUAACAAUGCCGACAACCGCAGGAAGACCACCAGCGCCCUGCCUCUUAACUCUUACUGGGACGGAGCCAUUAACGGCACGCUUGACUCUAGGAGGGACUCUGCCUCACACGUCUACCAGAACAUCCCCAUCAACAGCCGCCUCUCUAAGUCCAACCCCAACCUGGCCUGUGUCACCGACGACACGGACCGUUGUAGGUCGGAGUCACGACCCGUGUACCAGAAUGUGCCGGUACCCGCCAAGAGGCACCACCUGCACGCCAGACAGGCAGACAUUAACAACGCUAACGUCUUCGACAGCAACAGUAACUACCCUGGUUACCGCAGUGAACACACACACGGUACGAACACCAAACAUUACUCCCCCUACAUGAACGUACCUUUUAAUGGCCAGAGGCACGAGGCAUCGACCCAGGACCUUGAGGACUUCCAGAUGAAGUCUUCCAGUUCUCUGGUGGACGGCCUGGACUGUCUCUCUUCCAAUGGCCACUACGAUACCCCACAACAGUUCCAGGACGCCGAGUGUAUGAGGCAGCGGAGUCUGAGGGCCAGUCAGGACCUCAGGUUUGUGGGACUGUCGCAGCAGCCGUCCUUUGAGGCUUCAUUUGGCCUCCACAACCCAAGCUUCUUGGAGGACUCGUCGUCACGGUCUCCGGCUGCCUUCAGUGCCUACGCCUCUAACACCAGCCUCGAUCACGACACCUUCUCCAAGACCUCCAAGAUAUACAAGUGGAACGGGUCGUCAUCAGUGUCAGACUUGACCUCGUUGAAUCGUGACCUGUCCCCCACCCCUCCCGGGCUCAGCAGGGGUUCGGCCUCUGCCACUGACCUGUCCCGGGUAGGUGGCACCUCAGACGAGGAGCGUGACCCGGCAUCUGAGGCGCCCCUGAGAGAGACCAGCUACGCCACUUGGUGUGCCCAGGUUCACGACGACCAGGACGACGAUCAGGACUUUGUGAUGCCUCUAGGCCUCAGGAACACGUCGGCCCCCUUCGUCUUCUCUCCUCACCAAAAAAAUGGGAAGCGGGCCAUGAUGGAAUUCUACGUGAACACCCUGACCAGUGAUAGCGAUAGUGACUCUGAGUCCUCCACGACCUCUACCUCCAGUUCACCUGAGGAGGACGACCUUGACCAUGAUGGAAGGUCCUACCAGGUAACAGCGCCCGGAGAGGUAGUGUUAGCGACCAUCGAGGAGGACGUGGAGGAGGACUCUGGGGCAGAGAGUUCGGGACACUGGCUCUUCUCUGCCGACAACACCGACACCGACUCUGUCAUCCACGUCCCUGCCGCCCUGGACACACGACCUCCUCCCUGUCCGGCCACCCUGGAGGAAGGUGACAGUACGGGCAGUGACGAGACCCUGGUGGUGGAGGAGGAGGACGGGUGGUGUAGCGGGGUGGGCAGGCAACAGGAAGCGGGUGUGACGGUGGGUAAUAGUGACGCUGGGACCACCACCACCACCACCGACCAUCAUUACGACUCUUCCGCUUCUGACGAGGAAGACAACAGUGGUGGAGGUAGACUGCGGCCGGCGACAGGAGGUAGUUGUGUGAGGGUCUCGCACCGGAGGAGACGCAGAGCAGGUGAUGUCCCCGUCAGGUCGGGUCCUGCCACCCAGGGCCGCCCCGCCGCCGCCAUGCUCAGUCACACCCACGCUGCCAGGCUUUUUGAAAAGCAUAUUGACGACGUGUUCGACUUUGAGAGUCUUGAAAGUUGUGAGAGUGUGGCUGGGGGCAGCGACGCCGCCUUCCUCGCCCACGACAACAACAGUCUCUCUGGUGUAGACGACAGCCAUAUUGUCUUCAACACCUCGGCCACCUCCCACCCCUUCACCGACACCUCCGUCAGCGCUGGUCAGGAUGCGUCGCCUCACAAGAACGAGGCGGUGUACUCCCCAGAGGAAGUGAACCAUGCAUGUCCUCUCACACAGCAGGAGCCAGAGACUUGGGCCACACUGCCACACACCAGUGAUCCUGCUGCAGUGAUCAACAACAGCUGUGACCCGUCACUGGUGUGUAGUGAUGACACACGAGUGAUGGCCGCCACUAUCAGCGGUGACAGUGACCAGGUGGCUGACAGGGACCAGCCUCUCACCUACACUGGUCCACACAGCAUUGAUUUGUUUGGUCUUCCUGUGCGGUGGACGCCAGCAAGUGACAGUGACGUCAACCUUCACAUAACUGAUAAACUUGUGGUGACGCCCGAAGGAGGUGAGUUACCUCAGGUGAUACUCGAGGCUCAGGCGGGGUGUACAGAGACACACACCUCAGACGUCCUCUCCGCCGCCCUCCUCAGGUUGGCUGCGGCCUCUGACAUGUAUGAGCCGGACACCCUCCCUGCUGUGGGUGAGGGAGACACCACCACUCUCACUGGUGGUGAAGCCCGUCAUCGUCAGCCUCCAACACAUAACCCAGUUCCCGGGCCCGCGCGCCACCACGAGCUCAGUGUUACUCCGCACCUGCAAGAGCACGCAGGUGAGGCUCCGGCACUACCUGGCACUGGCACCCAACAUGACCCCGCUGACGCUAUGAGAGUCGCCCGGCUCACCACCGUCGUCCAUGGCAACAACAACAACAACACGUUAGUGAUCAACGACGCCUCGUGUGGCCAGUACCUGGUGGGUCAGUCUGGGGACCAACCUGUUGAUGGGGCCACCACGCGCUACUAUGGUGCUGCUUUACCUCACUCUGACCUCCCCUCGGGCGACAGUGACACCGACACCGAUAAUACCGACGGCGACUACGACGAGGAGGACCACUUUGCCGCCGAGCUGAGUCUCCGCAUCUCCACCGUCCAGGACGGAGACAAGACCAAAGUGAAGUCGUUCCGCAGUUCAGAUAUCUUACACCUAAUUGGUCUUGAGGGAGGCGGGGCGGGGCGAGGGGAGGCAGGAGGUGACGUCUCCCCUCUGGCCAGUCACCCGGGCAGCUCACCAGAAGUGCCAGACUCGCUCAGGUCCAGUGAGGGUCGUAGUGCCACCCGCUCCGUGGAGACGCUUAGUGAGGAUAGUGGCCUAGGUGACCGUGACGUGCGUCUUACACCAUCCUCGCCCCUCCCGCCCAUAUCUGAGGCUGCUCCUGUGUCGCCACCCUCAGACCCCGUCACAGCACGCCCACGCCGCCAGGACGUGCGUCAGGCCCGCAUCUCUCGUGCCCUCUCCUGUGGGGACCUGAGGAGGUACUCUGACUCUGACAGUGAGGGUGAGGACGGGUGGCCGCCACGCCCUCAGGCCCAAACUGUCAACAACAUGCAUCUUAUCAAAGCUCAACAACGACCUUUCAAGUCGACUUACGCCAACUCCAUAGAGGAGCAGUACCGCCCUCCCCCCCACCCGCUCUCAGCCUCAGACGGUAGCGACGAGGAGGUCAGGUCACGUUACAUGGGUUACCGGGGCGUCCCCUCCAAGCCUCGCAGACACAGGAGCUUCCAUGAGGCGCCCUACACCUACAGGCAGGACCUUCACGGGCGGCGCGUCAGUGAAGUGCCCCAGAGUGGUGAGGAGUCCUGGGGAGUGCCAACAGCACCCCAGCAGGGCAGGCGCCGCCCCCAGCCUAUAAGUGUCGACAUGGCUGAACAGUUUCUGAGCCAAGAAGGACUUAAGUCUCCUAACGGUAAACAAACAGCUGAGAACACUUUUGAUAUAAACGCCGGUCGUGUUGAUAAGUCCUGGAGGGCGCAGCAGCAUCCUCCUGGGGGUGCGGGCACUGGGGGCGGGGCCCGGGACCUGCCACCCAAUCAGCAGCCAGGUAGUGAGGUGAGCCCCAAUGGGGUGCGGGUGGGCGGGGUGUUGCCGGCCCCAGCAGGGUCACAGGGUGAGCCGCGUCUGCCAGCCUCCGCUCUGACGCCGGAGCUGACGGUGCGUCCCGCCUGGCCCGCCGCCCGUGCCCCGCUCCCCGCCCCGACGCCUCACCAGCCCCUCGCCCCUGCCCCGGCUCACCAAUAUAGCUCCACGCCCGCCCAGUUACCCAAUGAGUGCCAGCCUGUACACAGCGGGCAGAGGAGCAGCAGCCCGACCCAUGACCCGCCCGGCACCACCCUCACUGCCGGAAGUGACCCCCACGGACACUCCCCUCCUGAAGACACUUGCAGUAGGGAGUCAGUGACCACCGUAGACCCAGAGAUGGCUGACGGACCCGUGAGGGUGCGCACCAAGACCUACGGUACACACGGGGAGGUGGAGGUAUACCUGGCCAGGGCUGACAGUGGACGCCUGCCCCUCCACCCAUCACCCGUCCUCACACCCACGGGCGGGGCGGACCACAGACCGGGCUCCAGGGGCGUCACCUUCUCCCCCUCCGUCAAGGAAGUUAACUGGCGGGAGAGUUACUACGAGGCUGACCCUGACGGUGACGGCUCCGAUAGUGACGUGAAAAAGGUGUUAGUGGUGACGGCUCAGAGUCCCUCUCCCCAGCGUCUUGGUAUGACCGUGCAGGACCCUGCCGUCCCACCCGGAAAUAGCCCCUCGGUGCCCGGAAACAGUACCGCAGUUCCCAGAACCACCACCACCACCAAGCCUGUGAACAACACUAGUGUGUGUCCCGAUAAAGUGAACGGCAGAGCCUCAGACCCGCCGACUGGGUCGUCCUCGUCAGACGUGGAGCAGAACGGAGACAAGUCACCCAAGGUGUCCACACCCAUCUGGCAGAGGUUUAAGCUGCCCAAGAUAUCGUCACCCAAGUCGCCUCGCCCCAAGUUGCCCCCGAAGCCUCAGUCUCUGUCGUCCCGUUCCUCCGACACUGAGAGCUCCAAGCCCUCCUCCCCCGCCCUGGACAGCGGGUCCUCCACGCCCUCCUCCCCCGACAGUAGACCGAAGAAGGCUCCCCCCAGCCCCAGGUUCUUCCCGUGGGGCAGCAAGAGGGAGAAGAAGAUCCCACGUCCCCUUGUGUCCCCUCCCCCACCACCCCCAGCUCAGGUGAGUCCCGGGCAGGUGGGGAGUGUUGCUGGGGUUAAAGGUGAACCGGACCCGUCAGUGUCUCCCACGGCACCGCCUCGCGAGGACAGUGUAGUGACGAGUGUGCCGCCCGAGGCUAGUGUAGUGAGACCAGAGAAGGUGUACUCGGCGGACAGUGAUGUGAGUGUAGAGUCGGGUAGAAGCCCAUCAGGUGAUGACAGCUCAGACACCGCGUACCUCCACAGUCCUCGCUCAGGUGUGUCCAAGCCGCCUCUGCCGCCACACCUGCAGCGGCCCACCCAGCAGGUGUUCCACAAGGCUCGGCUGCUCAGUGCCCGCCGCCACUACUUCAGUCAGGAGCGACAGGUGUCAGCUCCUGAGAGGUCCUCCCCGCCUAAGGACACCACUGAGACGCAGGAGGCCGCCCCCUCUCCACCCACCACGACCCCGGCUCCUCUCCUCCUGACCACCAUCAAGUAUAACUCCGUGUUCGACGCCUCCAGGAGCCUGAAGGAGAGGUUCGAGCGGUUCUCGGCGAGUGCUCGGGCGGAACGUGAGCGACUGGCCAAGAGCACGCCUGACCUGAGUGUGAUCGAGGCGAGUGUGCGCCGGCCGGGGCCUCGUAUUGAUUCCUGGAGGAAGCGUGAGCAGCAGCAGCAGCACCCUGGUAGUCCAGCCUCGGCCAGUGAUGGUGACGCAGCGCACCCACCUAACGCCCACCACGGGGCCUCCAACACCCACCACAAGGCAAGGGCAGCAGUUAUCCACGAACGAUACAAGAGCAGGGCCCAGCGGAUCCACGCCCGUUCCCGAGCCCAGAGCGUGGGCGUGCUAGAGACCGACCUCGACACAGGGGCGUCCAGGGAGGUGCUGACGCUGCAGGAGACCAACUUGGACGACCUGUACCGGGACCUGCAGCAGCUACUGGACACCCUCCCCGCCGUCGGUGCCGGCACCCCGUCAGCAGACAAGGCCCGCGCCAAGUCCCUCUUGGACCUUGAGGCCAGCGGCGCCGCCAUGGAGACCCAGCUGGCCGCCCCGGCCCGCCCCCCGGACAACAGGGCCAAGAGCAUGGAGUUCCUGCUGGAUGAUGGCAACAAGGCCGCCGUACAGUGCCAGCUGAUGUUGGAGCCUCCUGAGAACGAGCUGAUGAAGGGGUCAGAACGGCAGCUGUCGGAGGCGGAGCUGCGGGUGCGUCGUUCCCUGCAGCGUCUGGACGUUCCUGAAUGGAUGAAGAACGCCCAGCCUCAACAACAAGGGUUCCUCCUCCGUCGUCGUGACUAUGGUUCAAGUACUACAUCAGGAGGCGGUGGAGGCUGGUCAGCUUACUCCUCCAAGACCGCCUCAAUGACCUCACUAGGGUCGUCUCGGGCACACACCCCCAACACCCCCACCAAGGUGGUCAUCCCCACCCGUGUGACCACCAGGGGUAUGACAGGACUAGGGGGGGUGACCUCUCCCGCCUCCAACUGUUCCAUCUCUCCCUCCCCCAGUGAUCGUAGCGGCUCCCUCUUCCAGUACCCCAUCUCCCGGUGGUCGACGUCUCGCCUCAACUCCGGGACCACCACGCCCACCGGCUCCGUCACCUCCACCAAGUCCACCGCCACCUACACCCGCCAGCCGUACCUCGGGUGGCGGUCACAGACUUCGUUAGCCUCGCUGGCUGGGUCUCAGUCCUCACUCACCAACACUGGUUCCUAUUUAACUGCUGCUGACAGAUUAGCUCUCGGCAUCACCGCCUACAGCCACAGAUUUGUUAAGUCACCAGUGAACGCGCAGGACAAGGAGAACUCAUCGGCCGAGGCAAACGUAGCGACACCAAAGCCAGAGAAUGAAGAACAGAAUGAUGAAGGCAGCACAAAUGGUAACAUCAAGUUGCAAGUCCCUACUGAUGUUGCUGAUGUACAUUCUUCCAUCAAGGAGGUAACGUCAGCCAUCGUACACUACUGUAAUGAGUCUACGCCCUCCCCACGGGCGUCUCCCAGAGGGUCUCCGAGGCCAGAAGGAAGGGCUCCCUCGCCCCGACGUCUGGUCUGGGUGGAGAGUUCCUUCGUGGGCUCUCGGCCGAUCACCUCCCCCGAGACCCCGACGAGUUCCUCCCACGCCAUCACUCCCACGUCACAGCUCAAUGGCCACGACAUGCCAGAGUCCGGCGAGGCCACCCCCCGGCCACCACAGCCCCCGGAGCUGGCAAGUCUUGUGAACAGCUUGAGCAGCGCGUGCAGCAGCCUCCGAGACAGCAGCAGAGACAGCACAGCGGCCAGUACCAACGACAGCACAGCAGUCAUCGUCGACAGCAGCAUAGGUGACAGCAGCAGAGCAGAGAGCAGGCACAGUCUGUCUGACAGCGGGCAGAGCACAGUAGAUCGCAGUACAGUAGGCAGCAGACACAGCACUGCCGACACCGUUAACAGCGGCCUCAGUAGUCGUAACAUUGACAGCUUAAACAGCAGAAGCAGUGUGCUUAGCAGUGGCGGGUGCAGCAGUAGAGGAAGUGUGGGCAGCAGCAGCAGAAGUAGCAGUAGUAGAGCAGGGAGCAGCAGAGACGACAUGCAGGCGUCGCCUGGGAGCGCGGAAGUUGACGAGCUGUCUAGCCGACAUCACCCUGGAGUGUUUGACGACGACCUCGCGCCCUCAGGAGCCGCCACCCUGUCGACGCACGUGGUGAAGCCUCUGCUGCACUCUAGCGGGGACCUGCAGCCCGCCCCCACGCUUUAUCACAACACUGCUGUAGGCGUGUAUCAGAACAACAAGCACGAGGCCUUCCCUUACCACACUCCAACACAAGACCUGGAGACGAGGAAGCAGGCUUACAGGGACCCUAGUUCAGAGCCUAGCCGGUAUGAGGACGGGGGGCACAGGUACCGGGGUCAGGGUGUGGGAGGGACCGGGGACACUAGACAGCCCAGCUCACAUGACCAGCUGACAGACAGCACGACCUUGGAGGAUGUUUUAGACUCUCUCUUGGCCCUUCCCUCCGCCUCCAGAUCACCCAGCCCCGUCAGUAGCCACCACCCACCAGGCCGCCCCCUCAGCCACCCGGGGUUCACCAGGGGCAACGAGGAGAAGGAAGUCGGCCUCCACACCUCCCACCGGAGCUUGGAUCCUCCCCAGGGGCAGGCCCCAGGGGCACCCCUCGACCACCUUCACUACGGAUACCUCCGUAACCACGACCUCCCCACGGACUUCAAGAACGAGGGUUACCGUAAGUCCUUCAGCUACAGCUCCAGCAGCGGCGACAACAGCUUCCACCACCACCAGCAGCCAGGGGGCGCCACACUACCAGGGGGGGCGCCCUUCCUCAACCCCCUCCAACACCCUCCACCGUCUGAGGGAUCUUCCGUGUCCUUCUUCCUAGGGAGGGACGAAGGUGAAAUUCUCAGUGAGCCGCCCACUACCACCACCCACACCCUCUCACGCGCCCGCACUACGCACGCGCACUCACACGUGCACCUGGACCUGAGCGGCAGGGCGCCCACCACGCGGCGGCUGGACACGCUGGAGGUGAGGAGACCAGAGGGCACCAUCACCGCCCGCCAGAUGACAGAGGCCAACCAUAGGACGGGCGUCUUGCUGCACCAGUCUGCUGCCUUGGUCACCCACACGCCUGCACACGCCCACUCCCUCACUCCUGCGCACAACCACGCUCACACCGCUUACACCGCCCACUCUAACCACCCACAGAAUGCCCACCCAUCACCAGGUGACAGCCCUCGUGUGUCACCCUCACACCAUAACAACAACGCCCCCCCAUAUCACAAGCCUCACUCCAACAUCUCUCACAACAUUCACCCUCCCUCUCCCCUCUCUCACCCCAGGCCCUCAGCUGCCCGCCACGCCACCAUCACCUCGGCUCUCACUAACCACUCAGUCUCCUCCAUACUCACUAACUGUGCACACACGGAGGCCACCAGCACCGCCCUGGCCAACGCCCACAACACCCAAGUGACACAUUCCUGUUACCGUGAUGUGCAGGUGUGUGGCACCAUCACCCCCCCUGUGUCCAAGACAACUGUGUGUGACACUGCUCCAGCCCACACCCCCAGCACCAGUGUACACACCACCCCUCACCACCACCAGCCUCACCACACCAAUGUUCCUAGCCAUUUUGUUCCCGACAGCCAAGGUCCCGGCCAAGUCAAUCAGCUGGGCGCCUCACCUCCACAUAGGGCGGCGCCGGAGGUGGCUCCGACGUGUCCGGCAGACCCCCUGACAGGGGCCCUCCUCUUCAGCAGCGUCAUAGCUCUCGCGCCCUCCAUUAUAGAGUCUCGACCGCCCCCAGGGCAUCGCGUCACCUUCCACCUGCCCCCCAGACACAUGAACAUCCCCCCGGACUCCUCCUCCGAGAACGGCAACGGUAACGAGAACGUCAGAGUCGACGCAGACGAUGAGUCGAGCGGGUCGAACCUGAUGGUGAGGUGCCGGAACCCCGGGUGUGGCCAGAUGGCGGACACGGAGGAGGCCCGAAGGAGCUACAAGAUGUGCCACAACUGCUGCACCUUCUACUGCUCGCGGGGGUGUCGCCGCCACCACUGGGAGCGACACAAGCGGCAGUGUAAUAAGAUCAGAGCCCUGGCCGUGGCCAAGCAGGUGACGGCGCGGGUGAAGGACGACGACGCGGUGUUGGAGCGGAUAAGUGCUGUAGCGCGCCGCGGUGCCCGCGCCCUGGGACGUGGCACCGUCAAGGUGUAUUUCCACGACACAAAAGCCGCCGAGACGUUCGUGGGGGGCGGCGAGGUGCCCGAGGCUCACUACCUGACCAUACAGAACCUGCUGCCUCAGGAGACUGGCCCGGAGGUGUAUAAACAGAUCACUGACCUCUGUAAACAUUAUAACACCGAGUAUAAGUUUGUGCUCUAUGUUAGUAUCUGCAUCAUGAGUGAGAUUCCUACGGGGUCGUCGCCCAAGUGGGAGCGCGAGGUGGUGUCCCAGUGUGCCAAGCUGAGGCUGGCAGGUGGUGUUCGGGGUGCCGACACCUGGAGUCCUCGCCCUGAGCGUCACGUCAUCACCAGAGACCUGGACGAGCCUGAGACGCUGAUACUGACGUCGGCGCCUAUACCAAACUCCAACACGUCACCUCAGGCGGCCAGACACAUAGCCUUCAACAACAUCGUGCGGCACCUGCGGGAGAGAGGCAUCAGCUUACGACACCAGUACCCAGACGUCCACAGAAAGCUGACGGCGUACGUGGAGGCGGGCGAGGUGUUCCCGCCCCUGACCAUUUACCCCCGGGACCCUAACACGGGCUCCACCUUCAUGUGUAUCAUCAUGCCGGAGACGGACCACGCCAAGCUGCAGCUCCUGAGUAACGACGCCUCUAAGGUCCGUACCAUCGACAUCUCCCGCCCGCAUCCUCCUACCUGAGGCUAUUCUCACCCCUCUCCUCACUCGUCACCCUCACGUGGUCACCUCACACCUCAUUAUCUCAUACUACCUUCUUCCAUGAACACGUAAAUCACCACCUCUUCCAUUACCUAAGGUUACAGGAGCCACCCCCGCCCUCGUCUCCACCACAGAGUGUCCCUGCUGCUGCGUCUCUCAAACCACAGACAGAAAGACGAAUAUUUCUUCUUAACGUGGUCGUCAACAAACACCUCACCACCGCCACGAUAUCUCUACCUACUGGAUCAAGUUCUUCCCCAUAAAACACCUCUCCCACUGUCGUCUUCAGCUGCCAUAACAGAAAACAAAAUAACAUCGUCUUAUAUAGUGAUUCCUCCCCCACAAGAGCGCACUUACCCCAGGGCUUGUGAUACAUCGCUAUCAGUGGUGAAGCUUCGUACUGGCCUUAGUCAAUAGAUAGCCCCCCCACAACCCCUCCCCUUCAAGUCUGUGUACUCGUGACGUCAGACUCUCUACCACCAAUCGUGUCUCUUUCGUGCAGGGAGACGAGUGUGACGUCACGAGUCUGCCGUCGCUAAUACAAGCGGCUCCACCUAUGUUGUUUACCUCACGUGUGACGUCAGUGAACUAAUAUUUUGUGUAUGUCAUCUUAGUUAACAAUUAUAGCACUUUGUUUACAGUCACCUGAUGAUGAUGAUGAUAACAACAACAUGAGUGUGUCCUGUUGAAUGAUACGUGAGAGUGAGAGGUCGAGUGUAUUACUACUACUACUACUACUACUACUACUUUUUUUUUGAAACAUGGCCUCCAGCCUCCCCCAAUAGCCACACCUUCGCCACCAUUUAAUUACUACUACUACUACUACUACUACUACUACUACUACUACUACUACUACUACUACUACUACUACUACUACUACAACACACAGGUACAGGACAUGAUCUGCCCUAUGCUUCCCCUGUAGUCUCUCGAAGAUCACACACACACACACACACACACACACACACACACACCACGUUACCUGCCCGGCUUAAUUAAACAUACACAGCGUUAACUAAGAACACACCUGUUGUUAUUGAAGUCUUCACCGCUAUUACGCAAUUAUGACGUAAAUUCGUGACGUCAUUCAAGGAUUUGUAUUAUUCAUAGGAGUUUUUUAUAUUAUUAUUAUUAUUACAAGUGAUUAUUAAUUUUUCAGUGAAUGACUUAAUAAUUUAUUAAUAGUAUGGCGAAAACUGGCCUCCUGUUGUCAUGUAUAGUGCAGUUCCUACAAUAGGUAUUGCAUAGGCGAGACGACGGUGUUUGAUUGGUUUAUCGAUUCAGCCACUCACAUGCCGUCAUUCCACCAGUGGAUACCUAUUGUCUGUGUAUAUAGCAACAGGGGACCAGAUUACUCCCACCAUUAACACUCACCUGAAGAAUAGACACCCCAGUUUAUUAUUAUUAUCUGGUAAAUAAUAUAUAUAUAUAUAUAUAUAUAUAUAUAUAUAUAUAUAUAUAUAUAUAUAUAUAUAUAUAUGGGAAUAAAGGGACAGAUAAUAACGGAAUAGACUAAAUGGGAACACAGUUUUCAUUGUGGCUGUGUGUGUGUGUAUGUGUGUGUGUGUGUAUAUAAGUGUGUGUGUGUGUGUGUGUGUGUGUGUGUGUAUGUGUGUGUGUGUGUGUGUGCGUUCGUUCUCUCACCAUCCGGACAUUAACAAUACAUCAUAAAUAUACAAGUGUAUGGGUAGAUGUAUAUUGAUGACGUAUAACUGUUAUAGACUGUACGUUGUAUCAGUUGUAUUUUGUAUAAAGACCUUAGAAUAAGUUGCUCAUUUGUUCAGACUGAAGAACGCGCAAGUGAUGCCUUCAUAAACGGUAUUAUUGUCUUGAGAGUUUCGUUUUUGUAACAUAUGUUGUUUAGUCUAUGGAUAUGAACAAGAUUUUAAGCGAAAAUUGGGUCUGUUGUCUAUUUUUCAUAUAUAUAUAUAUAGUUACCUGUGUAUUAUAUAACAUUGUUUGACAUAAGUGCCUAUAUGCGUCACCUGCACCGCGCUAACAGAAAUAAUACUGUACUCGGUUUGGUUAAGUGAGAAUGAAGUAAGAAUUCAAUGAUAAUUAAUUUGGCGUCUUUUUUUAAUGGAAUUUUCUCCGUGUAGAAUAAAAAUACACAAAUUAUUUCUACACAGGCCUUAUGCAGCCCUGUAACGUGUUAACAGGUUCUCAGAUUUCAAUAAUAUAUAGAGAUAUAAAUAUACUUGUAUAUAUGUUGUGUUUUAUAUUAUAUAGAUCUGUUAUAUGACAAUCUUCUGUGCUGUUCAAAUCGCAUUCCUAGCUCCUCUAGACGUGAACAUGGGCAAGAUGUACAGAGGAUGUCAAGUAUUGGCUGACGACAGAUACACCACAAUAAAGUGUGACCAAUGAGCGUCAAUCUCUUCCCUCUGGUUAGCUCCUCUCAUCUCCACAGUAAUCACGCGUUCUAAGAUUAUCCUGACGCCAUUAACACUGUGUCAACUAUUAAUGAUUACUUUUAGAGGAGACAGUGGAGGCGACUGGUGAAUUAAGUUAUUAUGUGCAUGUUGGACGGCAGACUUCACAAAACAAAACUCUGAUGGUUACGCUUAGUGCUCUCUUUCUCAACCAUCAUUAAAGCUUUAUAUAUCACGAUAUAUUGUGAUAAUGUGAAAUAUAUUAAAGAAAAUGAAGUUUGGUGACAGAAUUAACGAAGACAAGAUAACAGACUGUGUUUGGAAGGUUUAAAUGUGUACUAUGCAACGGUUGGUCUGGGGGGACUAAUAAAAGUGUUGAAAAUAGCCACGCUUAAUUAUCAUAUUCUAGUAAUAAAUAAAUUAAUAUAUUUCAUUGACAGGAAUUAAUUUUCUUAAUAUAGUCAUUUUUCUUUUAGAUAAACGUCAAAAUACAUCUGGCAGAUAGUAUUAUAUAACCAUCUGCAGUACAUAAUAUGUCGGCUAUCUCAUUUACUCUCUAUAAAUUAAACUUACAAUAAUAACUUAAAAAAAAUAGAAAAUUAAUUUAAAAAAAGUGAAAAAUAAAGCUUUAUUUAUUAGUAGGAUAUUUGUGGUGAAGCAGUUGUCGCUGUUGUUGACAUUUCGGGGGAAACUCUUGUGCUUUACAAACUCUCACUGGAACAUAGAUAAGUUUUUGAUUCAGACAAGAAAAUAAUGACAACUGAGGGGUCUCUGUGUUUGUACCUUUGAGCUAAACUGUGGAUAGCUCCGUCACUCAUUAUAAUAUCAAGCUUAAUGAUAUUUACUCAAUAAGCAAGAUUAAAACUGCUAUUUCGUGACAUCUUGAUGCCUUUCCCCGCAGUCUGUUCUAUAUCAAAUUGUUGACAAUAACCGUCUGAUAAACAGUUUUCUCCUCUCAGUUCACAGCUGAACUUAACUGUACCUUAAUAAAUAACUCAAAUGGAA